GGAUGGAAGGUUUUUCUAUCAACGGCACCAUGCCGGUAGAGGUCAACUACGUACUCAACGUUCUAAACUACAUUAACGAGCUGAAUGACUCCCUCAUUACCGAGGAGGUGAAAUGCUCAUUGGAGAAGUACAGACGUCAGGAACAUCCCCAUCACGAGCCGGGGUGCGAAGUUGACUGGGACUCGCUUCUCUGCUGGCCUCAUACACCGCCAGGAAACCUCGCCACUUUGCCAUGCUUCGAGGAGCUGAAUGGUAUCCAGUACGACAAGUCUCAAAAUGCGAGUCGAUGGUGUAGAUCGAACGGAACGUGGGACAAAUACUCGAAUUACACGGCGUGUGAAAACACAAUUUUGACACCGCCUGGAACAACUGGUAUCGAAAUGAUGACGAUGAUAUACUUUAUUGGAUACUCCUUUUCCCUCUUCACCCUCAUCGUCGCAGUGUCUAUAUUUUUGUACUACAAGGAACUGAGGUGCCUGAGAAAUAGCAUUCACACAAAUUUAAUGUUCUCCUACAUACUGGCUGAUCUGAUGUGGAUUCUAACAGCUGUUAUGCAGAUAUCAACGCAUACGGAUCUUCCAACUUGUAUAACAAUCUUGUCCAUUCUACAGUACUUCUAUCUGACAAACUUUUUCUGGAUGUUUGUCGAAGGACUGUAUUUGUACCUGUUAGUAGUAAAAACUUUUACCGGAGACAACAUCAAACUGAGACUAUGUUUGAUUAUUGGUUGGGGAACACCAUUGAUCGUGACCGGAGUGUGGGGGAUGGCCAAAUCACUCGGGGAUAAUGUUAUUUCAGAAAUUCAACAGGAAAUUACACUGUCGAAACACUGCCCGUGGAUGGCACCACAUCCUUACGAUUGGUUUUACAUAGCACCAACAAUCGUCGUUCUUUGUAUGAACGUUAUAUUCCUCUUUAUGAUCAUGUGGGUGUUAAUAACUAAACUUCGUUCGGCAAACAAUGUAGAGACACAGCAAUACAGAAAAGCUACAAAGGCACUUCUUGUACUCAUUCCACUCCUUGGCGUUACUUAUAUACUUGUACUUGCCGGACCGACGCAAGGAGAUAUAGCUCAUGCAUUUGGAAAUCUGCGUGCGAUGCUGCUCUCUUUUCAGGGUCUUUCGGUAGCGCUAUUUUACUGCUUUCUUAAUACUGAGGUACAAAAUACCGUGAGACAUCAUUUCUCAAGAUGGAGUACGGCAAGGAAUCUUGGAGCAGAUCGGCGGUAUUAUAGCUGUAACAAUUGGUCACCUCGUUCAAGAACGGAGAGCAUAAGACUUUAUUGUCAACCCUCGAAUCCUUAUCGGAAAAGGGAAUCUACAGUGAGUGAAACAACAACAACUACAGUUAUUGGGGCCAAUUCAGCAACAGCGUUUAUAGAACGUGAAAAAAAGGCUAUAUCCGAAGAUCUUAACGAAUAAAAAUAAUAUAUAUAUAUAUACUAUAUACAUACACACACACGUAUUAUUAUAAUAAUAAUUAUUAUUAUUAUACCUUAAGGCUUAAAAUCACUGAUAUAUAUCUCAAAAUAAAUUUUACGUGUACCAUUCUUCGUACAAAAAAAAGAGGAGUAUACAUAUAUUCUAUAUAUAUGCAUGUAUGGUAUACAACUGAGUAUACAUGGUAUAUAAUAUUAUUACUAGCAUCGUGUGCGUAUAUAUGAUGUAUAUUUAUAAAUAAACCAGGGUAUAAAAAUUGUCAUUUGCGUGUGGCUAGAUUUGAUUCAAUACGUGUAAUGUUUAUUUUUAUAAUCAUCAGAUGUCCUAAAUUUUGCUACUGACUAUUUACCACAACGCAAUCUCACAACCAUGUACAGUACAUACAUAGUCAUAUCAAUUACAUGUAUGCAGAAGGAAUCGUUUGAUGUUAAAUGUAGAUUUUUUCUUCAUGAAUGUAUAAUGUUAGAUUAGAAAGUGUCAAUUUAUUCUUUCAAUGCUAUAUUUAUAUUCAUUAGGUGAUAAUUCAGAAGAAAAAACGUGUUAACAUGUCGUUAUAUAGUUAUUAUAAUGUUUAUUCGUAGUAAUCAUGAACUGAGACACAUUUCAACACAGAGAAGUUAUAAUCGUUAUUCCAGAGUUCCUAAAAUCGGGAAAAUUAUGCACUGCUA